CCAGCGCACAUGUGCGGCCGCCCGGCACAUGCUCACUGCGUGGCGCAUGAGCAGAGGCGGCGCGGGGGCUAUCGGACAUCUUGGGCCUCCCCGCACCGAGCGGGGAGCGCGGCCGCCGGGCCCCGGGGCGGGAGCAGCUCCACCGCCCCCGCGUCUCCCGGCCCGCCCGCCCGCCCUGGCAGCGGCUGCUCUCCCCUCCCCCGCUUUCCCCGGGCUGCUCAGAGCAUCCCUCCUCCCCUCUUGCAUUUGUUUUAAUUCUUCUCAGAGACAAGAUGGCAACGCCGGCGGCGGUAAACCCUCCCGAAAUGGCAUCAGAUAUUCCUGGCUCAGUGGCCUUGCCAGUGGCUCCAAUGGCAAGUGGACAAGUGAGAAUGGCAGGAUCCAUGCCUUCAAGAGGAGGAAAACGUCGCUCUGGAAUGGAUUUUGAUGAUGAAGAUGGAGAGGGGCCCAGCAAAUUUUCAAGGGAGAAUCACAGUGAAAUUGAGAGGCGCAGGAGAAAUAAGAUGACCCAGUACAUCACUGAGCUGUCCGAUAUGGUGCCCACUUGUAGCGCCUUGGCUCGUAAGCCUGACAAGCUGACAAUUCUUCGGAUGGCUGUUUCACACAUGAAGUCCAUGAGGGGCACUGGAAAUAAAUCUACUGAUGGAGCUUACAAGCCUUCAUUUCUUACAGAACAGGAACUGAAACAUCUUAUCCUGGAGGCUGCAGAUGGGUUCCUGUUUGUAGUUGCUGCUGAGACGGGAAGAGUGAUCUACGUAUCAGAUUCUGUGACUCCUGUGCUGAACCAGCCCCAGUCUGAGUGGUUUGGCAGCACUUUGUAUGAACAGGUUCAUCCAGAUGAUGUGGAAAAGCUGCGAGAGCAACUAUGUACAUCUGAAAACUCUAUGACAGGACGGAUCCUUGACUUGAAGACUGGAACAGUAAAGAAAGAGGGGCAGCAGUCCUCAAUGAGGAUGUGCAUGGGAUCAAGGCGUUCCUUCAUUUGCAGGAUGAGGUGUGGAAAUGCUCCUCUGGAUCAUUUACCUCUGAACAGAAUAACCACCAUGAGAAAAAGAUACAGGAAUGGCCUUGGCCCAGUAAAGGAAGGUGAAGCACAAUACGCUGUUGUCCAUUGCACUGGCUAUAUCAAGGCUUGGCCACCAGCAGGAAUGACUAUACCUGAAGAAGAUGCUGAUGUGGGACAAGGUAGUAAAUACUGCCUCGUGGCAAUAGGAAGGCUGCAGGUAACUAGCUCUCCAGUGUGCAUGGACAUGAAUGGAAUGUCAGUCCCAACUGAAUUCUUGUCCAGGCACAAUUCUGAUGGAGUCAUCACAUUUGUUGACCCAAGGUGCAUCAGUGUCAUUGGGUACCAGCCCCAGGAUCUCCUGGGGAAAGAUAUUUUAGAAUUCUGCCAUCCUGAAGAUCAAAGCCAUUUGAGGGAGAGUUUCCAACAGGUUGUGAAACUGAAAGGUCAGGUCCUGUCUGUGAUGUAUCGUUUCCGUACCAAAAACCGGGAAUGGAUGCUGAUCAGAACCAGCAGCUUCACAUUUCAGAAUCCUUAUUCUGAUGAAAUUGAAUACAUCAUCUGCACCAACACUAACGUGAAACAACUUCAGCAGCAGCAAGCAGAACUUGAAGUACAUCAAAGAGAUGGGCUGUCAUCCUAUGAUUUAUCUCAGGUGCCAGUUCCAAGCAUACCAGCUAAUGUUCAUGAGGGUGGAAAGUCUGUGGAAAAGCCUGAUGCUAUCUUCUCCCAAGAGAGAGAUCCUAGAUUUGCCGAGAUGUUUGCUGGGAUAACUGCUUCAGAUAAAAAAAUGAUGGCUUCAGCAUCCACAGCAGGAAACCAGCAGCUUUACUCACAGGGAAGCCCAUUUCAGCCAGGACAUUCGGGAAAGACUUUCAGUUCAUCUGUGGUACAUGUGCCUGGUGUGAACGACAUCCAGUCUUCUUCAUCAACAGGCCAGAAUCUGACCCAGAUAUCUCGCCAGCUAAAUCAGAGCCAGGUUGCCUGGACAGGAAAUCGACCACCGUUUCCAGGACAGCAAAUUCCAUCUCAGUCUGGCAAGGCUCAGUCAUCUCCCUUUGGGAUUGGAACAAGUCAUACCUACCCAGCAGAUCCAUCAUCAUACAGCCCCCUUUCCAGCCCAGCCACCUCUUCUCCAAGUGGGAAUGCCUAUUCCAGCUUAGCCAACCGAAGUGCGGGAUUUGCUGAAGGUGGCCAGAGCAGUGGCCAGUUCCAGGGGAGACCUUCUGAAGUCUGGUCCCAGUGGCAGAGCCAACAUCACAACCAGCAGAGCAGUGAUCAGCAUUCGCACCCGCAGCCCAGUCAGACCGAGGUGUUCCAGGACAUGCUGCCAAUGCCGGGAGAUCCAACGCAGGGUACUGGCAAUUACAACAUUGAAGAUUUUGCUGACCUGGGCAUGUUUCCACCAUUUUCUGAGUAGCUUGUGAAGCAGAAAUGGAAGUUCUUCUCCAAGGCCAUUUCAUUGUAAUUUUGGCUCUGCAUUUUCUGUAUUGCAUUUCUGUAGAAGCUACUAAAACCAGAAAACACAUUUCUCCUGUUUGAGAUAGUGGUGUAGGGCUUGCUCUCUCCUCCUUGGAGUGCCUCAGUGCUGACAGAGGAGCUCCAGCACUUGGUGGUGUUCAUUGACAGCUCCAUUUAUUUUAUUUUUUUUCAUUUUAUUGUCAUCUACCUCAGAGAUGAAAAACUUUGCUUGAUUUAUAAAAAAAAAAAUCUCUGAGUCUUAAAUAUUUGAAUGUGAAUGAUACCUAAUAUUUCCUUUGGAUGGUAAUUUUUAAAUAGAUAACGAAGUAACGAAGACUAACAGAGAAGGGGUAAGGUAGUGUCUUGUUACAGUGCCUACCACUCAAUUUCGAUGCCUUGCUUUAAGCUUAAGUUUCUGGAAGCAGACACAGUGUUCUGUUUUCUUUGAUUCUUGUAGUUUUUGAGUCACUUCAAAUGUGAGAUUAAGCAACAUAAUGUAGGCCUCUCUCACCAGAAGAUUCAUCUCCACCUUUUCUAACUUAAACUUGAAUGUGUGUACAUUUUGGUACUUUAUGUAUAUCUUGUGCUGUAUCAAGUGAAUUCCUGUACUGGUUUCUUUUGCCUUUACAAAGGGUCCAUUCUGGAGUGUACUGAAAAGGGUGAUGAUACAUGUGAAGGAUUUAGCUAUCAUAGAAGUCUCUAUCACUUCACAUAGAUAUUCUUACUUUUAAUUCAGGUGGUUCUCUAUUCAGAACAAACAUUUACUUACAUAAGCUAUUAGUCUGUUUUUGCACUGAAAUGAGGCCUAUAACUAUACAUUUCUCACUGGCUGCUUUAAUUCCAUUUGGUUUUGCUUUCCCAAAAAUAUUGCCUCGUAACAAAUGACUGUAAACACAUCAAGAUUGCAUUUUCUAUGUCAGCUGCAUUUCCUUUCUGUGAAAUACUUUUUUAUACUGUGAAACCGUAGAUUUUAACAGUGCAAAGUGGUGGCCUAUUACUAGGAAAACAUUCAAGCUCAUUGGCUGCAAGCAGUGAGAUGGUUUUGUAGUGUAUAAUUUUUUUAGAGUGAGUUGGUAUUGAUAUCAAUUGGACUAUUGUCCACUGCAUACAUAGUGAUAACUUGAAUAUUUGCUUGGAUUCCCAAGCAAUCACUUCUGUUAAACCCCAUUAAUCCUAUUCUUUUAAAUAUGGGAUUUUCAGCUUACUACAUUUUAUGAGGACUCUUGACUCUACUGAAUGCUAAAUGCUUUUCCACAGAGGUAAGUUAAUUAGGUUUCUCUUGGGCGAGUCACCUACCAUAUGUCUUUAUCAGAAAAGUGGUAGAAAAAUAUUUUAUUCAGUAUUUUAUAUAUCUGACAAGUUACAGCGAUCAGAUUUAAAGGUCAACAUUUUUAUCUGGAUCAUUUCCUCUGGGAUGGGAGGAGAAGGAAUCUCUCACAAGGACACGGAGCCCAGAGUUCCUACAUGCUCAUGGCCUUUGAGGCUGGAUGGUGGUAUCCAGCCUUGGCAAAGGAGGAAUGGGACCUCUGCCCUCAGCCUUUGUGUGUUCAGGGGUCAUCAUGGACCUUGAAACAGCAAUGCCAGGGCAUAGCCCCCAUCUAGAAGAUCUUGAUGUCUGCAGCAGCUCUUAGACUUCAUGGCACCAAGAUCUGCCUUCUCGUGGCUCCUCUGGAAUUCUGGAGUGCCUCUGAUGGGAGGCACCAUGCACAUCAUUGUAGUUCAUCUUGUAGGAUGAUCUCUGGAAAAGCAGGAAGGGCCCUGUCCUGCAGCCUGCUCUGACCACAGAAGUUUCAUGCUGACAAACUGUCCCCUGGGACACAGGGACACAGCUUUAACACUUAACCAUCCGGUCAUGUUUCCAUCUGACUUCUUUUUUCCUGGCCUUUUUGGAGGACAGCACAUAUUAAAAAGAGUCCUUCCUACUGUUUCUCACUAAAUCUGGGACCAAACUCUUUCCAUACGUGCAAUUGGGACUAGGGACUCUUUUUAUAGGGAAUAUUUUUAUAUCUAGAUACAGUACUGGAAAGACCUCAGGUUUCCUGGUCUGUAUUUGCCUCAGCAAAAUCACUCUGAGAACAAAAAAAAACAAAACACUUUUAUCUCUUCUGCCUCUGCCCAGAGAUCAGGAAAAUGCCUUCUUAUGUGAGCAAGCCAUGCACUUAUGCAUUAUUCCUUUAAAUACAUGGAUGUUUAAUCUCUUUGGAGCCUUCUCCCUUUCCACUCAUGCUGCUCAGAUGAAUGACUGUUCAUUGAAUUAGAUAAGCAAAGUUCUGCUCUCCCAGAAUGAAAUUCAUUGGUGUCUGUAAAAUCUGCCUGGAUUCUGUGCUGGCUGGAGCACUGUGGUCAGUGUCUGCACAGUGGGAUGUGUGUCUAAAGGGGCAGACCACAAGCAAGGGAGCAGUAGAUGAGCAGUUUAUAUCUUUGCCCAGAAGGUGCUUGAUGUAACAAACAUCACUUCUAAAAUUUUUAAAGAACAGUUCUCUGUAAAAAGAAAAAAUGCAGUUCUUCUGUUUUAUUUUACCCAACAAACUGCUCAGAAUAUAUUUAUAAUUUACUUUUCUACCUGAAUUCAAUAUAAAUUCCCUGAUUUUCUUUCUACUAAGAUCAGUGAUGAUAACCCCACCAGUGUGUCAUGAGUUUUAUACUACUGCAGAAGGCUUCUGGUGUACAGAAUUUGGUUGUACAGUUAGCAGUGCACUGUUAACAGAAUUUCAAGCACAUCUCUCUUUUUUUGUUGUUGUUUUUUAAAUACAGUAUUAGGUAUUUGAAGCCAAUAUGCCUGAGGCAUCAGAGCAUGGACUGUUUCUCACCUGGUAGACCACUCCUUCCUCUCCAGUUGGGAAAGGAGGUGGCUCUGUUUUAAGGGGCAGUCUGGAUACUGCCAGGUUUGGGAUUUCCCUGUGAGCCAUUCCAGCCCACCAUUUCUAUUCUGCCAGUGCUUUCUUCUUGGCAUUUCCACCCUCCUUUAGGGUCUCCUCCCAUUCCCAGCCAUCCCAUCUCAGCAGCUUUCCCACGCCCAAGUGGGAGGUGCUGGGUUGCCCUUCCUGAGCCAGCAAGGAGGGAGUGAUGGAUAAGUGCUUAAGUUUGGCAACUUUCUGCUUCUGACCAAGCAAAUGAGCACGUUAAGCAUUUGCUACCACUGCUGGGAACCCAGCAGUGCCCUGGCUGUGUGCUGCUGUCGUGUCAGUGGUUUGCUCCUCUGAAACAGCCUCGUCCCACGUCUUGUGGCCAAAAAAAUCUGCGUAGCGUUGGCUGUGCUGUAUCUUUCUGUCAUGUGUUUCGUUACUAAAGCGACUGACUUAUUCUAUAGCUGAAGUUAUAAAGUGCAUUUGGAAUGCUAACGUUUUUAUUACGUGCCCUUGGUGUAGCUUUGCUGGCACUUUGGCUGCCAGUUUUCACAAUUUCACAGGUGGUGGAUUUCUCAUUUCUUCUGUGUUUUUUAAGCUGGAAUUUUAAGCUGUGAUUUCUGAUAAAACUGUGUUGCAAGCUCAGCGUUUCUUAAAACUGAAUAUUUUGGUUUUUAAACUGAUGGAGCAAGAAACUGCAAAUAGUAAUGGUCCAGGUGAGCUAUUUCGAUGAGUGGGAAUGUAGAUUGAGAAGAUUUUAGAUACUAAAAUAUUAAUGUUCAUUUAUGCAGACAAGCAGUCCUGUUUAACAAGAGGGACUCCAUCACAUUACUUGUUAAAAGUGCUACUGGCAGUACCUACAGUGAUGCUUUAACCAGAUAGUUCCAUUUGUAGCUUUGUUGCCUUUUUUUUUCUUCUUCUUUUGAAGUACAGUAUGAAACUGUAAAUACUUCUUGCAGUACUGCCUUUUUAACUCUUAAUUACUUUUGGCACAGUGUUAAAUAGUGUUGGAUUUUCCCAAUUGCUAUGACAUAUAUUUUUAUACAUAGGUGUACUCUUUUUUCAAGAAUAAUACAGCCAUUUUGUCAUUAAUGCCUUAUUAGUGUCAUACUGCUGUUGCUCUUUGUUUGCAAGGUAUCGAGUGGAAUAAUUUCUAGCUCAGAUAUUUUCACUUUUCCUGGCAGUGCUCAAUUUUGGCUUCAGGUGAUUUUUGCCAGAGUCCCAUUUUUCACAGUUGUUAGCUGUGAGUGGAGGAGAACGUGGGGCCUCUUUCUAAAGAAAAGGUGAUAGCAUCUAAUUGUGUUUAAAAGGUCAGUCAUUUCCUACUCCAGACCAGAGUGCGUUUCACCAAGCUGAUGACUGUGGGCACUGAUUACUUUGUGUAGAUUAAUGGUCUUUAAAAAAAAACUCAGCAACAAAAAACAACUCCAAAAAUGGGCUUCUGUCAUUGUUAGGCACUUGGUUACUUAUCUGUUUAAACUCUUCAUAUUGAUGUGAAAUUGUGCUGUGGAUAAAGUGUAUUUUGUACUUCUGAAUGUUCUAUAUUUAUGACUAACAGGUACAGAAUCAGUUGUGUGUAUGUAUAACUAAUAACUGCCUUUUUAAAUUUCAUUAAAAUAAAAAUGUCAUGAGCUGUUGUUAA